UAAGAGAUGACACCACCACUUGGAAGCGACACACAUGAGACUAAGAAAUCGCAGUCCAACAAAAUUGUGCCCAGUGAUGAUGGCGAAUCUGAAAAGAGUGAGGAAGAGUACCAAGCAGUGAUAUCUCCAUCUUCACCUCAGGGACUGCUCAAAAUGAGAUCAGCUUUGGACGAUCUCACUAAUGCUUCUCAGAGUUCAUCUGACCAACCCAAGAAGGAAGCCAAUAAGGAGGUUGUUAAAGACAUUUCCAAGAAGAUAAACAGGAACAUACCUGCUCUGGAGUUGGCCAAAAACAAUGAGAUAAAUAAAAAAUAUGAAUUGGAACCCUCAUCAGCAGCAGUUACCACCAUGAUACUAAACUCUGUGGAGAAACCACUCACUGUGAAUAUAUCUACCAUUUCUAAAGCACCCACUACUGAAGAGGCAUCUCUUUUAAAAAAGCCAUUAGUUUUAAAAGAGAAACCCACUACUAGGGACACAAUCUACAUGAAGAGGUCAUUAUCUUUAAAGAAGGAUAUAAAUUGGAAUAAGACACCUGAAUUUGUGGAGCCACUAUCCUUGUUGGAGGAGACUGAGAGUGAUUUGGAGUUUGUUUCAGAGCCAGUGACUUUUGGGAAUAAGUAUGAAACUGAGGAGGCAACUUUCCCUAAGAGCACAUUACCAUCCACGAAGUUGUAUAUAAGUCAAGGGAAGCAGUUCUGCUGUGUGAAGGAACUGAUCUCACUGGACAAUAACAUUGAAAAUGAUUCUUUUAUGGAGCCAAUGAACUUUAGGAAGAAACCUAAAACUGAGGAGUCUACCACCACCGAGAGGAUAUUAACUUUAAAUAAGUGUACCACUCAGGAGAAGAUGUCUUAUAAGAGGAAGCCACUAAUAUUGCAGAAGGCCACCUCCAGAGAGAAGUUGCUCAAUGAGGAACCAUUUUCUUUUGAGAAUAAGUCUACCACUAAGGAGUUAUGCUGUGUGAAGGAACUGACCUCACUGGACAAUAACAUUGAAAAGGAUUCUUUUAUGGAGCCAAUGAACUUUAGAAAGAAACCUAAAACUGAGGAGUCAACCACCACCGAGAGGCUAUUAACUUUAAAUAAGUGUACCACUCAGGAGAAGGUGUCUUAUAAGAGGAAGCCACUAAUAUUGCAGAAGGCCACCUCCAGAGAGGAGUUGCUCAAUGAGGAACCAUUUUCUUUUGAGAAUAAGUCUACCACUAAGGAGUUAUGCUGUGUGAAGGAACUGACCUCACUGGACAAUAACAUUGAAAAUGAUUCUUUUAUGGAGCCAAUGAACUUUAGAAAAAAACCUAAAACUGAGGAGUCAACCACUACUGAGAGGCUAUUAACUUUAAAUAAGUGUACCACUCAGGAGAAGGUGUCUUAUAAGAGGAAGCCACUAAUAUUGCAGAAGGCCACCUCCAGAGAGAAGUUGCUCAAUGAGAAACCAUUUUCUUUUGAGAAUAAGUCUACCGCUAAGGAGUUAUGCUGUGUGAAGGAACUGACCUCACUGGACAAUAACAUUGAAAAGGAUUCUUUUAUGGAGCCAAUGAACUUUAGAAAGAAACCUAAAACUGAGGAGUCAACCACCACCGAGAGGCUAUUAACUUUAAAUAAGUGUACCACUCAGGAGAAGGUGUCUUAUAAGAGGAAGCCACUAAUAUUGCAGAAGGCCACCUCCAGAGAGGAGUUGCUCAAUGAGGAACCAUUUUCUUUUGAGAAUAAGUCUACCACUAAGGAGUUAUGCUGUGUGAAGGAACUGACCCCACUGGACAAUAACAUUGAAAAGGAUUCUUUUAUGGAGCCAAUGAACUUUAGAAAGAAACCUAAAACUGAGGAGUCAACCACUACUGAGAGGCUAUUAACUUUAAAUAAGUGUACCACUCAGGAGAAGGUGUCUUAUAAGAGGAAGCCACUAAUAUUGCAGAAGGCCACCUCCAGAGAGAAGUUGCUCAAUGAGGAACCAUUUUCUUUUGAGAAUAAGUCUACCACUAAGGAGUUAUGCUGUGUGAAGGAACUGACCUCACUGGACAAUAACAUUGAAAAUGAUUCUUUUAUGGAGCCAAUGACCUUUAGAAAGAAACCUAAAACUGAGGAGUCAACCACUACCGAGAGGCUAUUAACUUUAAAUAAGUGUACUACUCAGGAGAAGGUGUCUUAUAAGAGGAAGCCACUAAUAUUGCAGAAGGCCACCUCCAGAGAGAAGUUGCUCAAUGAGGAACCAUUUUCUUUUGAGAAUAAGUCUACCACUAAGGAGUUAUGCUGUGUGAAGGAACUGACCUCACUGGACAAUAACAUUGAAAAUGAUUCUUUUAUGGAGCCAAUGACCUUUAGAAAGAAACCUAAAACUGAGGAGUCAACCACCACCGAGAGGCUAUUAACUUUAAAUAAGUGUACCACUCAGGAGAAGGUGUCUUAUAAGAGGAAGCCACUAAUAUUGCAGAAGGCCACCUCCAGAGAGGAGUUGCUCAAUGAGGAACCAUUUUCUUUUGAGAAUAAGUCUACCACUAAGGAGUUAUGCUGUGUGAAGGAACUGACCUCACUGGACAAUAACAUUGAAAAUGAUUCUUUUAUGGAGCCAAUGAACUUUAGAAAGAAACCUAAAACUGAGGAGUCAACCACUACCGAGAGGCUAUUAACUUUAAAUAAGUGUACCACUCAGGAGAAGGUGUCUUAUAAGAGGAAGCCACUAAUAUUGCAGAAGGCCACCUCCAGAGAGGAGUUGCUCAAUGAGGAACCAUUUUCUUUUGAGAAUAAGUCUACCACUAAGGAGUUAUGCUGUGUGAAGGAACUGACCUCACUGGACAAUAACAUUGAAAAGGAUUCUUUUAUGGAGCCAAUGAACUUUAGAAAGAAACCUAAAACUGAGGAGUCAACCACUACCGAGAGGCUAUUAACUUUAAAUAAGUGUACCACUCAGGAGAAGGUGUCUUAUAAGAGGAAGCCACUAAUAUUGCAGAAGGCCACAUCCAGAGAGAAGUUGCUCAAUGAGGAACCAUUUUCUUUUGAGAAUAAGUCUACCACUAAGGAGUUAUGCUGUGUGAAGGAACUGACCUCACUGGACAAUAACAUUGAAAAGGAUUCUUUUAUGGAGCCAAUGAACUUUAGGAAGAAACCUAAAACUGAGGAGUCAACCACCACCGAGAGGCUAUUAACUUUAAAUAAGUGUACCACUCAGGAGAAGGUGUCUUAUAAGAGGAAGCCACUAAUAUUGCAGAAGGCCACCUCCAGAGAGGAGUUGCUCAAUGAGGAACCAUUUUCUUUUGAGAAUAAGUCUACUACUAAGGAGUUAUGCUGUGUGAAGGAACUGACCUCACUGGACAAUAACAUUGAAAAGGAUUCUUUUAUGGAGCCAAUGAACUUUAGAAAGAAACCUAAAACUGAGAAGUCAACCACUACCGAGAGGCUAUUAACUUUAAAUAAGUGUACCACUCAGGAGAAGGUGUCUUAUAAGAGGAAGCCACUAAUAUUGCAGAAGGCCACCUCCAGAGAGAAGUUGCUCAGUGAGGAACCAUUUUCUUUUGAGAAUAAGUCUACCACUAAGGAGUUCCUUUUCCAAGAGCCAUUCCAAGAGAAGCACACCACUGAGGGGGACAUUUCUGUCAUAAAGAAGCCCUUGACCCUGCAAAAGAAUCCAACUGAGGAGUCACUUUUAAAGGAGCCUUUGGUUUUUAAGAAGAAGCAUACCAUUGAAGAGGCAACCCCCAAGGAGGUGCUAGUGUUUGUAAAGAGACGUACCGCUAAAGAUAGGCUAUCCUGCUUGAAGAAGCCACUAAAGCCUACCAUGGAGGAGGAGUUCCUCUUCAAGGAAUCAUCUGUGUUGCCAGAGAAGCACACCACGCAGGGGGAAGUAGCCCUCUUGAAGAAGCCUUGGGCAUUGCAGGAGAAUAUUCACAGUAAAGAUGAAUUUCUUAUGGAGCCAGUUUACUUUAGGAAGAAACAUACCACAAAUGAGGCAAUCUCCAGCAAGGAGCCAUUAUCUUUAAAGAAGAAAAAGCACACCACUCAAAUAAUGACGUCUAUCUGCCAAGAAGUGUUGGACUUGCAGAAUAUGAUUGGCAAAGAUAAGGAUUCCUUUGUUAUGAAGCCAGGGCCAUUUAGGAAGAAGUCCUCAACUGAGGAGACAAUUGAUACCAAGACACUGUUAUCUUUAAAAAAGAAGCAUAUCAUUGAUACCAAAGAGGACUCCUUGAAGAAGCUAUUGACUUUGCAGGAGAAAAGCACAACUGAAGAGGAUUCCCUUUAUAAGAAACCAUCGAUUCUGAAGAAGAAACUCUCCACUGAGGCAAUAAUAAGCACAGAUAGUCAAUUAUCUUUAAAGAAGAAGUCCACUGCUCAAGGGGAGGUGUUCCUCUUGAAGAAGCAAUUGUCCUUGCAGCAGAAGCCCAGUAUUGAGAAGGAAUCCCCCAUCAUUGAAGAAUUAACUUUUCAGAGGAAGCUUGCCAUCAAUGACUCACUCAAUUUAAAGACGGUAUCCUUGAAUGAGAAAUCCACCACUGGGAAGAAGGUGUCCUUUAAGGAGCCAUUGGUCUUGCAAGAUAAUCCCACCCAAAAGGAAGACACUAGUCUUAAAGAUGUAUCAAUCCUCCCAGUUAAUAUCAGCUCACAUGUGUUCAACUCUCCCCCUGAAUCCAGAACAGCAAUGUCCCUCUCUGACAUCCUGUCUAUUGUGAGCAAGUAUCGUACCUCAAGGAAGCACAGUGCUCGUAAACCCAGUACCAAAAAACGUGUCUCCGAUUGGCGCCGUAUAUCAAAGAAGGAGAUAACUAUACUGGAGAUUAUUGAUCAGACCCAUUAUGAUCCAUUUUUCAACUUAUCAUACACCCAAGAUAUCUUCAAAUACAUGAAGGAGAGAGAGGAAAAGUUCAGACUUAAAAAUUACAUGAGCAGUCAGACUGACAUAAACAGUGACACGAGGGCCCUUCUUGUGAACUGGUUGGUGAAAAUACAGAUUAACUGUGAUCUGAUUCAUGAGAGCCUCUACUUGGCGGUGAAGCUGGUGGAUCGCUACCUUAUGAAGAAAAUAUGCAAGAAAGAGAAUAUGCAACUCCUUGGUGCCGCUGCUUCUCUGAUUGCAGCAAAACUUGAGGAGACCUACCAACCUAAGUUGGAAAAAUUCCUGAAAUCCCGUAAAGAGGCUUACCAGCGACAUGAGAUGCUUGCCAUGGAAAUGAACAUCCUGAGAACCCUCGAAUAUGAAGUCAACAUUCCUGUCGCCUAUCAUUUUCUGCGCAUGUAUUCUAUGAAUAUCCAUGUCGACAUAAAAACAGUGGUCUUAUCCCGAUUCAUCUGUGAGUUGACCCUGCAUGAAUAUGACUUUAUCCAGGAAAAGGGUUCCGAGCUAGCUGCUGCUUCCUUUCUCUUGGCGCUCUACAUGACGAAGCUUAAAAGCGUGGCUCAUUUACUGGAUUAUCACUUUGGCUACAAGCCCUCUGAUCUUUCCCGCUUGGUCAAAAAGCUUAACAAGCUGCUGACUUUGUAUCCUUACAAUGAUAGGUUCAAGGCUGUGCGUUUCAAGUAUUCUCACGAGAACUUCUAUGAAGUCACCAAAAUCCCCCUCUUGGACAAGUUGAAGCUGGAGGAACUUUUGAGUUCCCGCUAAUUCUGAAAUGAGGGCCUAGAACGCUGACAUCAUAUAACUAGGCUAUAUUUAUUCUGUCCUUGAAUUUUUUUGAUCACUUUUCUUCAUUUUUACUCUUUGUUUGUCUUU